AUGGAUCUCGAACUUGAGAGUUGCAAGCCUCUGGCCAUGGAAGUCUCCAGAGCUCCAGAGAAGACGCCAGAGGCAGUUGAUGCAGCGUUUACCUUUUUGAAUGAUAUUGGACAGAUAUCCUUUAACCUCGAGGACGAAGAAAGGCUGAUUCGAAAGAUCGACUGGCUGCUGAUGCCAUUGCUGGCCAUGGUAUAUUUUCUGCAAUUCCUCGACAAGAAUAUCAUCAACUUCGCAAAUAUUAUGGGUCUCGGCAAAGACACGAACUCGUCACCCUCUCAAUUCUCCCAACUUGCCCUAGCAUUCUAUGUUGCCUAUCUCGUCUUUGAACCAGUAAUGGCAUAUCUUCUACAAAAGUUGCCUGUGGGAAAAGUGCUAGGAGUAAAUGUUGUUCUAUGGGGUAUUUGUCUGGCCUUGAAUUGCGUGUGCAAGAACUACGCUUCUUUGGUGACAUUGAGAGUGUUAUUGGGUGUGUUUGAAGCUUGUGUGUCACCUGCGAUGAUCCUCAUCUGUACAAUGUGGUACAAGAGAAAAGAACAGCCCCUACGCAUAGGAUUCUGGGCCGGUACCGUUGGGCUUGGUAUCAUAGUUGGUGCGCUAUGCUCAUACGGAUUUCAGCACUAUCAUGGCAGGAGUUUCAAGAGCUGGCAGGUUAUGUUUCUGGUUUUCGGGCUCCUGACAAUAUUGGUUGGAAUCCUAGUGAUUGUUUUCCUGCCUGACAGCCCCAUGAAAUCACAUCUUACGGUCGAGGAAAAAGCUAUUGCUGUCGCGAGGCUCCGUGGGGAUACCACUGGUGUUGAGAACAAGACCUUCAAGCCCGGGCAGUUCUGGGAAGCUCUAUUCGACACACAUUUGUGGUUGAUCUUUCUGAUCACGACAGCAAUCAACAUUCCCAAUGCUGCUGUGAGUGUGUUUCAGGCUGCAAUCAUCGAAGGGCUCGGCUAUACCUCGACGCAAUCGGCUUUGUUGAGUAUCCCAAGCGGUGCAAUUGCCAUCAUUUCCAUUGGCGGUGCCUCGUUAACUGCUUGGAAACUCAACAAUCGAUCAGUAGGGAUCGUACUUUUGUUGCUCCCGGGCAUUCUAGGAAGCGGAUUGAUGGCUUUCUUACCGACUCACGAUAAAAUUGGCCGACUGCUAGGCAACUAUUUGACAAACACAAUACCAGCGAGUACGCCUCUGAUCUACUCAUGGGUUGCUGGCAAUUUCGCGGGACACACAAAGAAGGUCACAGCUAAUGCAGUUCUUCUCAUGGCGUUCUGUCUUGGGAACAUCUUAGGUCCAUUGACUUUUACCAACCCGCCCGAGUACACUGCAGCAAAGAUCACUAUAAUUGCGGUUUUGGGCUUUGCCAUCAUACUCAUUUUUGUAUUGGUGUACAGCUAUCAUCGUCAGAACAGGCGUCGACUGGCAUUGGCAGGAACGGAAGGGUUGGGCCUGGCAGACGAUAAUGCGUUCCUUGACCUAACUGAUCGGGCAAACAUGAGAUUCUUGAACAUGGCGCCUAUGGCUUCUGCUCAAUCUGAUGCGGAAUGCAGAAAUGCUGAUUCUCCCAAUCUCGACACACCUGACCACGGGAGAACAGUACCCGGCUCAGUGCAAGCACAGAAAAUCUCCGUUGACAAGAUGGUCAUGCAAACAGUGAUCUCGAAAGGGAAUGAUCCCCUGGAUCUUCUAGUCAAUGUAGCGGAGUGUGGCACACAAGUAUCGCCUGAGUGUUUAUUACUUUCUUCAGGGGGAGAAGUCACGAAGAGUUGCCUUCCAGGCUUGUCAACGACUUCGGCUCUCGGAAUGUCCAUCAUUAGUACAGCACUUGUCGAAGACUGGAGUUCCUUCUAUUUGGUACAAACUGGCUUAUUGACCGCAGAACAGGCAGUAACUUUUGUUGAUGCGUUUUUCGACACACUCUCUCUUCACUCUCCUGUAUUGACCGAUUAUUACGCCAACCAUGGCAAUCACCGCCAACUUAUCGCAGACGAGCCGCUGCUUUGUUCAACGAUUCUAUUAAUUUCAAGCAGAUAUCACGUUCUUCCUGGAAUUGCUUCAAUUUCCCGCGGGAGCUACAUUCAUGACCAGCUCUGGAACCAUGUUCAAGGCUUUAUUCAGACCCUCACACUGGGUGGGGGCGAUUCUCGGCUUCGAUCUCUUGGUUCUAUCGAAGCGCUACUUCUUCUUACUGAAUGGUAUCCUCGGGCGGUGCAAUUCUCAGCAGUUGGUGGUAUGGGAAGCCCGGCAAAUUUUGGAAAGAGGAGCUCGUUGUCUACGAAGCGGAAGGAUUAUGUGAUUCACCCAUCUCGGCAGCUUGAUCGAAUGUCCUGGAUGUUAUUGGGUACAGCCCAGAUGCUUGCUCAUGAAGUAGGCCUAUUUCAAGAGCGGUUCGCCGAACAGCAUUUGACCGAAAGCGAGAAACUACGAUGCAAGCGGGUACGAGACCUAUUAUUUAUCUACACAACUUUACUUGCCGCGAAGCUCGGUUAUACAUCAAUGACUGCGAUUACCUUCAGCCCGUCGCUUCUGCCCAAGGAUUCGGAAUUAACAGAUGAUAUCCUCGGAGCAUGGAUCCGUCUAAUCAAGAUUACUAGGAGUGUGCAUUCGUUGAUGUUCUCUAGCCCUGUCAUCACAAGAGAACUACUUCGAACUGGUAACUAUAUCGAGAUUCUCGAACAUUUCAGCCAAAUCCUACGCCAAUGGGAAAGCCGGCAUCUCAGAGAUUACAGGUCGAGUCACUCCAGUAUCGACAUCACCGAGAGUCUGAUACCAGACCUGCUUUUCUUCGAAUUUCAUUACGUCUGCAUGUACACUAAAUCGCCUGCACUACAAGCCACAGCGAUGCGAGCUUUGUCGGAUGCAGGUAGCAGACGACCUUCGAAUGCGCCGGCCAAUAUGCCACCGGAGUUCCCCACUGACGAGCCCUCUGAACAUCCUUUCAGUCGUGAAGUGAUCGACCAUGCGAAACAAACCAUCAAGCGAGCAAUCUUUCUGACGCAGACCGGCAAGCUACGAUACUACCCUGCUCGAAGCUUUCAGCGUUUGAUCAGUGCGUGUGUCUUCAUAUUGAAGGCCAAGACCUUGCGAUAUCUUUGGCCGGGUGGAGCUCUGGAAGCAGUUCAGUUGCAAGAGCUCCUCAUGCAAGGUAUUCAAGCACUGAAGAUCUCGGCGCUUGAUGAUUCACAUCUGGCAUCAUACUAUGCUAUUCUGCUAGAAGCCCGACUGAUGCAAAGUCACUCUCACUCUGACCCUCCAGAUGCAGAUACGGCUACUGCUGACCCUUUGACACCCACCGCGGACACUCCUGGUCACACCAACGGCUGGGUUGACAAUCACGACGAAAAUGGGCAGACAGCUUGGAUAGAUACAUUUGAUGAUGACGACCUUUUUGCCGAUUUCACUGUGUUUAGCGAUAUUAGAUUCGACACGGAGGGCGGUGCCUGA